AAGGUCGUCUUUAACUUGUAAUUUUAUUUUUAGGUCAUCUGCAGAAUGAACUGAGGGAACAUGAAUCGGGCAUUCAAACCCAAUUUGGUAAAUUCUGUCACCACCUCUUGUUCCUCUUUUUCUCUUCCCCGACAACAUAAACUACCACUGUUCCAUUCCCACACCAAUACCAAAGCUCACUUCGUUGCAAAGCUCCAAACUUGCAAGGAUUUAGCAUCUGCAACAUCGACCCACUCUAACAUUGUGAAAUUCGGUUUCUCAAAUGACACUUUUUCCACCAACCAUCUCAUUAAUUGCUACCUUAGACUCUUCAGAAUCGACAAUGCACAAAAACUGUUCGACGAAAUGCCGCAGCGUAAUGUUGUGUCCUGGACUUCGCUUAUAGCUGGUUAUGUUGACCUGGGUCAACCGAACAUGGCACUUUGUCUCUUCCGUCAAAUGCAAGGAACCUUCGUCCUGCCCAAUGAGUUUACAUUUGCCACUCUCAUCAAUGCAUGUUCUAUCCUCGUCAAUCUUGAGAUUGGUAGAAGACUUCAUGCUCUUGUUGAGGUUUCGGGCCUUCAGUCCAACCUUGUUGCAUGUUCUUCCCUCGUUGAUAUGUAUGGCAAGUGCAACCAUGUUGUUGAGGCUCGCCUGAUCUUUGACUCCAUGUGUACAAGGAAUGUGGUUUCUUGGACUUCCAUGAUCACCACAUAUUCUCAGAAUGCACAAGGGCACACUGCUCUACAACUGUUUAAAGAAUUCAAUCAUUCUGGUUUGGGCAGACCAAAUCAUUUCAUGCUCAGCAGUGCAAUCAACACUUGUGCGAGUCUGGGAAGCCUGGGUGAUGGCAAGAUCACCCAUGGAGUGGUCAUCCGGCUUGGACAUGAUGCUAGUGAUGUGAUUGCGAGUGCACUUGUGGACAUGUAUGCCAAAUGUGGUUGUGUGAAUUAUUCAGCUAAAGUCUUUAGGAGAAUCCCAAUUCCUUCUGUGAUUCCCUAUACUUCAAUGAUUGUGGGUGCUGCAAAGUAUGGACUUGGUACAUUGUCUCUUCAACUGUUCCAAGAAAUGGUUGUUAGAAGAAUAAAACCCAACGAUGUCACCUUUGUUGGGGUUUUGCACGCUUGCAGUCAUUCAGGGCUUGUAGAUACAGGACUUGAGUUGCUUAACUCAAUGAAUGGGAAAUAUGGGGUGAUUCCUGAUGCAAAGCAUUACAACUGCGUUGCAGAUAUGCUUGGCCGAGUAGGACGAAUUGAAGAAGCAUACGAGUUAGCAAAAUCAGUUGAAGUUGAAGGUGAUGCAUGUGCCAUGUUGUGGGGGACCAUUCUUUCAGCUAGUAGGCUUUAUGGCAGGCUAGACAUUGCCCUUGAGGCCAGUAAUAGGAUACUAGAGUCCAACCAAGAAGUAGCUGGUGCAUAUGUUACAUUGGUCAACGCAUAUGCACUGGCAGGGGAUUGGGAAAAUGCUCAUAAUCUACGAUCUGAAAUGAAGCAUACUGGAGUCUACAAGGAACCUGGCAGUAGUUGGAUUGAGGUAAAAGAAUCCACUUAGUUGUUCCGUGCUGGAGACAUGUCUAAAUGUACGAACGAAACAGAGAUGCUGAGUUUGCCUAGGGAAUUGAAAGAGAGAAUGAAGGAAAGGGGAGGGUUACGUAGGAGGAACUAAAGGGUUGGUGUUUCUGUUGAUGUGGAAGAGGAAGCCAAAUAGGAAUUAAUUGUGAGCUUACAUAGUGAAGAACUUGCCUUGGCCUUUGGACUAAUAAACGCACCACCUAAAGGUGUCACAAUCAGAAUAAUGAAGAACUUGGUACUGUUCAGGGAUUGUCAUGAGGCAUUCAAGCUGAUUAGCGAUAUUCUACGGAAAGAUUUUAUUGUGAGAGAUGUGAACAGGUUUCAUCACUUCAAAAAUGGAUUACGCACUUGUAGAGAUUUUUGGUAAUGAUUUGUCUCAUCAGUUUACUAUUUCUCAGAACAGCAACCCUAUACUUCAUCACUAACACAAUCCACCAAUGGACAAUCAUUGUCGUCAAUUUGGGUUCAUCACUGAGUUUCGCACUUAUAUCUAUUGAUAUACCAUGGCUGAUUCUUGCUCCU